CUCGGAGGCACCAACCAGGCCUGUGAAUCGUUUUCGUUUACGUCUACGGAAUACCUAGAUGGUAUUUGUCCAAGUUAUAUACCAUUCUGACGUCUUUGGCAUGGUCGUAUCUGAUCUUGGGUACCUAAUAUUUGGCUUAUUUUUGGUUAUAAUUUAUAAAGAAUCUGACACUGUCGGUCUAUCAUUGUCCAUAUUAACUACAUAGGUACCUAACCUAUGCUGAUUGAACAUCGCGCCGAAAGGGGAGAUAUGCCUAAGAUAAGUAGGAAGAGAGCGAUUGUCGUCGGAGCUGGUGCCGGUGGCAUCGCAACAGCAGCCCGGCUAGCCAAAGCCGGGUUUUCCGUAACUGUACUAGAGAAGAAUUCAUUCACCGGCGGGAGAUGCAGCCUGAUAUUCCACGAGGGACAUCGCUUCGACCAGGGCCCGUCUCUCUUGUUGCUUCCCAAGCUCUUCCAGGAGGCGUUUCGUGAUCUCGACACCUCGCUCGAGGCCGAGGACGUGGAGCUGCUUCGCUGCCCUACCAACUACAAAGUAUGGUUCGCGGACGGCGAGAACUUCGAGCUGUCGACAGACCUCGCGCGCAUGAAGACCCAGAUCGAGCGCUGGGAAGGCAAAGAUGGAUUCCACAGGUAUCUCGACUGGUUACGCGAGGCGCACCAGCACUACGAGCUCAGCGUUAGCGAGGUGCUGCAUAAAAACUUCACGAGCUUCUGGAAUUUGAUAGUCCCGCACUUUAUUCUCACGGGGCUGAAGCUGCACCCUCUGCACAAAGUCUGGGAUCGCGCCAGAAAGUACUUCUGGACCGAGAGAUUGAGGCGCGUCUUCACGUUUGCGACUAUGUACAUGGGCAUGUCGCCCUUCGAUGCCCCGGCUACGUACUCGCUGCUCCAGUACACGGAGCUUGCUGAGGGUAUUUGGUACCCGCGCGGGGGCUUCCAUGCCGUGCUAGCGGCUCUCGUGAGGGUUGGGGAGAGGCUGGGGGUUGAAUAUCGACUUAACACGCCCGUGCGGCAAGUCCUCGUGGGCCCCGACGGGAAAGCGGCGCGAGGGGUGCAGCUGGAAACAGGCGAGAUUCUAGAGGCCGAUGUAGUCGUCGUGAACGCGGAUCUCGUCUACGCUUACUCGAAUCUAUUCCCGCAGACGCCGAGAAUGCAGAGCUACGGUAAAUCUCUGAGGAAGAAAGACGGCUCGUGUAGCUCGAUAUCUUUCUAUUGGAGCUUAGACCGGACAAUUCCGGAACUGCAGACGCAUAAUAUCUUUCUCGCGGAUGAAUACCAGGAAUCGUUCGACGCCAUCUUCGACCGGCAGUCCUUACCCAAAGAGCCCAGCUUCUACGUCAACGUGCCUAGCCGGAUCGACGCCAGCGCAGCCCCCGAGGGCAGGGACUCGGUAGUUGUCCUUGUCCCCGUCGGCCACCUACCGGAGUCGAAAGGCUUUCCGGAGCCCAAGAGCGCGGGUCUACCACGAGACCAAGACUGGGAAGCGCUAGUAAACCGGGCGCGGCUCGCCGUAUUAUCGACGGUAUCAGCGCGCACGGGAUGCUCGCCUCUCGACAAAUUCAUCACGCACGAGAUCGUCAACGACCCGGCCGCGUGGGAAGACAAGUUCAACCUAGACAAGGGGUCGAUCCUCGGCUUAGGCCACGGAUUCUUCAACGUGCUGGCCUUCCGACCGGGGACGCGCGCCAAGGGCCUAGCAAAUGCUUACUUCGUGGGCGCCAGCACGCACCCCGGCACCGGAGUCCCGAUCGCGCUGGCCGGCGCUAAGAUCACGGCCGAGCAGAUCCUAGACGACUUCCGGGUGGGGGUGCCGUGGCGGCGAGGAAACGCGGGUGUGGAUAUGGAUAUGGAUAGGGACCGGGGUGUUUUGCAGAACGAGAAGACGAAUCCGCUGGAUAGGAUACAACCGGGAAGUUUACAGUUCCCUGUGGUGCAGAUGGUGUUGUAUUUCUAUGUUUUAGCAUCGAUGGUGGGGAUAUUGUGGUAUUGGUAUUCUACAAGGGGGGUCUUAAUACCAUCGGGAGUGUAGACGCUUGUGUUAAGGGGGUUUAAUACCAUAGGCAUGCCUAGUAUGUUAGGUAUAUGUUAAUUUUAUACAACUUCACCUGCUAGAAAA